AUGAGAUCUGCUACUGUUUUUAUGGUUUCUUUAUUCAUAUUUUUCGUUCUGGUCCACGUCAAAGAUGUAGAAGCUGGACUGACUCUAAUGGGUAGCCUAUGCGGCCAGAAGGAUAUAUUUAUCGGGGGAUGCGGCCAUGAUGGAAGCGAAACGUGCAUCAACGACUUUGUUAAGAAAGGAGGUGAUGGCAAUAGGCCAUAUAGUUGCAAGUGUGACAACUUUGGCAGAAAACAUAUAUGUAGAUGUAAAGUUCCUUGUUAG